AUUCUGGGAACUCAUACAGAAGUUUCAAGAUGGCGGCGAGCAGGAGGCUGACCAAGGAGCUUGAGGAGAUUCGCAAAUCUGGAAUGAAAAAUUUCAGAAACAUUCAAGUUGAUGAAUCAAACAUGUUGUCAUGGACAACCCUCCCUAUGAUAAGGGCGCUUUCAGAAUUGAGAUCAUUUUCCCCACCGAGUACCCUUUCAAGCCUCCCAAGAUCACCUUCAAAACAAAGAUCUAUCACCCCAACAUUGAUGAGAAGGGGCAGGUGUGUUUGCCUGUCAUCAGUGCAGAGAACUGGAAGCCAGCAACCAAAACUGACCAAGUAAUUCAGUCCCUUAUUGCACUGGUGAACGACCCUCAGCCAGAGCAUCCCCUGAGGGCAGACCUAGCAGAAGAAUACUCAAAGGACCGUAAAAAAUUCUUGAAGAACGCCGAAGAGUUUACAAAGAAACAUGGCGAAAAGCGGCCAAUGGACUGAUCACUUGAUACGCAUUUAGCCCUCUGUCUCUUUCUCUCCUUACCUCUUACCUGCCCAACCAAAUAUUCUUCAUUUGCCCUUUCUCAACCCCCUCCGCACCCCUUUACUACCCGUAUCAGUCACGUUCCUUUCUUGCCCCUCCACUGCUCCGUCUUGCAGCCCAGGAGCGGCCCAGCUGAAGCAGGCAGUGGCAGCCUCAGCCUUCCUUCCCACCUGCUCUGUGGAUCAGACCGCUUCCUCUCUCCUCUCCCUCCGACCAGCCAUAGAUUUCCAUUACUUCACUAACUUUCUACUCUUGGUCAUGAAAAAAAUGGGCAAAGACAUGGAGAGUAGAAUAGAAAUUCUCAAGAGUAAUUUGUUAAUUUUCUGUUUGCUUUUCUUCUAUAUAAAGUAUUGUGUUAAAUAGAUCUUACACUGAUUUGGGUUUUUUGUUUGUUUGCAGGGAUUAAAAACUGGUCGAUUCAUCAUUCUCUUAGCCACAUAAGCAGUGACACAUCCACGGAAAGAAAGAAAAUAUUACCUCUGUGGGUGUUUUUCCCCCCCAGACUGUUUCACUGACUGACAUCAUUAGCUUCUAGACUUGCACUGUAUUCUGUGGAAUAAUCCCAUAGUUCCGUCUGCCCAGUUUGCCCCUCUGAGCGGAGGGCAAACCAUUGUCCCACAUGUGAAUUGAAUUGUUAUAAAAGUGACUCUGUAUUUGUAAGAAAGGGGAAAAAACACCGUCAAAUAUUCUCAGCAAGCCCAUUUUAAAGAAAAACAUUGUAAAAUGUAUUUUUAUGGGUUGAUUAGUGAUACCAAAAUGUUUGUUCCCUGUGUGAAAAGGUUUUUGCCAGACUAAUGUAAUGCCUUGUAAUAUUCUUUUAAUUACUAAAAUAAUUUUGAUUGGCGCUUUGAUACAUAAAAUGUACAAGUAGGCACUACCUGCUUGUUUACUUUGUACUGUUCAUGUCUUCUCACUGCAAGUCAUUGCUGUGUAACGAUCUUCAUUUAAGACACCCCAUUACCCACAUUCUGGUAGCAGAUCGACUGCUCAUCUUCCCAUGCUGAAAAGGACCUAAAUGGCCUCCAAAGUGGGAAUGGUGGUCACGCAGCCUGGAGGCAGAUGCCCUCACACGGAGCACAGUUCAGCUCAGACAGUGCACCUUAAAGCGAGGUGGGAGAGGGGCUAGUGUUUUAGGGACAUGCCUGGACACGGAAAGGGACUGAGUGGCCAAAAAGCAACAUGUAACAGCUGUUUGAUCUGGUCUCAGUUCUUGUUUAAUAAUAAAGCUGGCUAACCAUUUUGCUUCA